UAUUCCUCACCUGAACUCCGUCUCUAUAAAUAAAACCUCACCCCAUUCCCAAAACUAAACCCAAAAAAUUCUGCCAAAUCAUGUGCGAAAGUUUCAGGCUCAAGUACCAGUUGUCCGAAGAAAUCGGCCGUGGGAAAUUCGGCACCGUCUACCGCUGCUUUUCUCCACUCUCCGGUGAAUCUUACGCCUGCAAAUCCAUUCAGAAGAAUCUCCUCAUCGACACCACCGAUCGGGAGUGCUUAGAGAAGGAGCCCAAGAUUCUUCACAUCCUCUCCGGGGGCCCCAACAUUCUCCGUCUCAUCGACGUCUACGAGGACGACAAUUACCUCCACGUCGUCACCGAGCUCUGCACCGGAGGGGAUCUUUACGAGCGGCUGGUGUCCCGUUGAAGAUUAUUUGCCCUGGCGCACUCAGUUUGAAUCCUUCGUGGUAGCUAACACGUUUUUGGGCUUCCUCGAUGGAUCUCUACCAGCCCUGCCUAUGUAUACCUAUAAUUUAUAUUAGGCUCAGGCACUGAAUCCUAAAUAUUAUCAUUGGCUCAAAUUAGAUCAGGCGGUACAUGCUUGGUUAUUUGUCACUCUUUCUCGAAAAAUCUUGAUGGAAGCCCAUUCAUUGAAGAAUUCUUUGGCUAUUUGGCAACGUUUGGAGUCCCGUUUUAUGGCUGCCAUUCUUGCACGUUCCAUGGAAUUAAAACAUACGCUUUUAUGCACCAAGAAGAAGGAGAAUCAGUCCAUGGAGGAAUAUGUUCAUGGGAUUCAAACAAUUGCUGAAUAUUUAUCCGCCAUUAACGCGCCGGUCUCCAAUGCCGAUCUUAUUGAGUAUACACUUUUAGGAUUGGGACCAGAUUAUGAGUCGCUAGUGGGACCCCUUACCUUAUUUCCGGAAGGACUCACUUUUGACUCCUUAGGCACAAAAUUGGUCCAUCAAGAUGCCCGUCUCUGCUACCAACAAUCCUUCGAGGGCACCAUUCCUACACCGGCGUUUGCUGCCCUUAAUUCGGCAGGGGGUGUUGCGGCACCUUCUCCUUCGUCUGGUAACUAGCAGCAGCAGGCAGCUCGCGGUGGCCGUGGUGGAAGGCGUGGCAGCCGCGUUCGAGGGCGCGACAAAGGAAGAAAUCAGUAGCCGAACAUGUAUGCCCCGCCUCCCUUUUAUGGCAGCCACGGCCCGCCACAGUUCCAGCAGUCACAAUCCAGCAGGGGGGCCAAACAGCCGAAUGAGUGGGGACCGGGUACAGUUAUUUGUAAUUCAGUUAAGUCAUCGUUUUAUACUCCGGCUCUCUCUACUUUUUGUACUAACUAUGCUUCUGCAGGAUCUCCAUCUUUUGAGAAUAGUUUUGGUUCAGUUCCUCCACCUGUUGUGUGUCAGAUCUGUCAUUCUCCAGGUCAUUCGGUUGUUGCGUGUCCAUCUCGUUUUGUUCAAGCUCAAGCUCCUGCCUUGGCUAUCUCUGCCGGUAAAUCCACUCCAGCUGUUUGGUAUCCUAACUCGUGUGCUUCUCCUCACAUGACUGUUGGUGAUUUGCAUUUAUCUACUAUGCCAAUCCAGAUGUUUUGCAAAAUAAAUCUAUUUAUUCUGGACCACUAAAAAUUACAGUUGCGAAUAGCUCUAAUCUCCCUGUUAUGACUGUUGGUGAUUUGCAUUUAUCUACUAUGUCUCGGCCCCUCCAUUUAAAAUCUGUUUAUCAUGUGUCUAGUCUUAAAUACAAUCUUCUCUCUAUUCAACGAUUAUGUGCCGAUAAUAACUGUUUUGUGAUUUUUGAUAAAAAUUCUAUCUGUAUUAAGGAAACACUUUCGGGGAAGGUGCUCCUCCAAGCUUCCAGUAAUGGCAGUGUUUAUCCUAUUUCCUUCACACAUCCCUCACCAGUUGCUCUCAUCUCUCAUGUUGCUCUCGGCCCGGUCUGGCAUCGUCGUUUGGGACAUUGUGGAAGAAGUAGUAUUUUAGAUAAAUUAAAAAAAUCUGGCACUAUUUCUAGUACUUCUAGUUUUUCCCUUGAUUGUAUUUCUUGUCGAUUAGGAAAGUCACAAUGAUUACCUUUUCAAGAAGUGUGGCAUAAAUCUACUGCUCCUUUAUAUUUAAUUUAUUCGGAUAUUUGGCAAUCUCCUGUUCUUUCAACAAGUGGCUUUAAAUAUGAUGUCUUAUUUAUUGAUGAUUUUUCUCA